ACGGAAGGUUUUUAAAAAAAGUGGAAUGUCUCUUCCAUAGUCUAUGGCAGUCUCCCAAACCCUAGAUAGACCUCUAUAACUAGAUCUGUUAAUGGGCUUUUUAUCAAAAAUUGAUGUUCUUAAUAGUUCACAAGUUCAUAAUAAUUCAUCAUGAAUACUGCUGUGGCUACCAAACAGUUCUAUUGGAUUGAUGCCCACUUUAGUGGCUUACGUUCUCAGACCAAUAUAUAUGGAUUAGCUAAAAUGGCAUCUGAAGAUGGCAUCACCAAAUUGCUUGCUGUUUCUAUUGACGGACACUUUGUCACUGUGGAAUAUCAGAAAUCUUUUGACAACAGAUUGAUUCCAGUGACAAAAGAGGAUGUCUUUUUUGACAUCAGCUCUUUUCCUGAAACAGGUGAAAUAGAAAUAGUAUCUGUUGAUGUCAUUUGUAGCAAUGUAAUCAACAACAGGGUUAUUUUGGCUUACUCUUACUUAAAGAUAGAAACAUCCUAUGAAGAAAAAUCUCCAAAUGCUUACAUGAAUAUUUAUUUCUUACCUGCAAGAGAGUCAACAAGAGAAAUGUACUCUAACUUUAUGGAUGCCAUUAAUCAAUCUUCCAGGCAACACUUGAGUCUUGAUUUUAUUCCUUUCAAGCUAACACAUCAUUUAAUCUAUGAGAAAGAUGGUGAAACAAAAAUGUGCCUUAUUAUUGGUGGUAAUGACCAUAAAAUACAUGUUUUCAUGCAGUCUACUGAAACUUUAUGUUUCUGUGAAGAGAAGGAAGCUGCUGAAAAAUAUUUCCCAGAAUUUCAAAAAAUUGAUGGAUGUGUAACCCAGAUUGAAUUCUGCAUGGUUGAUGCGACACACAGGUUGUCUGUUUUAGGUAAUCAGAAUGGCUUGGUGACUCUAACCAUUGUCAACAUGUUAACUAAAGAGAUUAAAAACAUUUGGCACUUUGAAAUGGACAGUCUCAUAACUAGUUUACUUUUAUUUAACCAGCAUACUAAAGAAAGAUGUCCAGAUUUUUUAGACACACAAGAAGAAGAUGAAAAGCCUGUGGAAAAAGAAAUAGAGCCUGAACCACUCAAUCUUUUGAUAACAUCAGCUAUUGACUUGGCUAUUGUUUUCUGUGAUGUUGUCAACUUAGGUUUGACAAACAGCUACCUUCUGCCACUUAGUAAUACUCAAGAUGCUGUUUUGUGUUCCUGUGUUGCUGACAUAGAUUUUGAUGGUGAGAAUGAAAUAUUGAUAGGAACUUAUGGCCAGGUUGUACUGGCCUAUAAAUUUAUGCAAGAAAAGCCAGUGACGCUAAUGACAUCUACACCCUAUCAUUCCCCUUUUCCAGUUCCUGUUAGUGACAAGUUUCACUCAAGUGAGGGUGAUGAGAAUAUCAAUUAUGACCAGGAGAAAUUUGAUUCAAGACGGCGACACAAGUCUAUGGCAGCAGUUUUUGAUAACAUUGAUGGUAGCAGAUUUGAUGAUUGGAACAGAGCUGAGGACACUAGUAACUUGGACAGAAGUCUAAAGGACGCUCAGAUAGCUCGCUUAGUUAGAUCUCAAGAAAAUCUGGCCACUUCAAAGUCAGUCAAUUUGAACACUCCAGAACAGCUUAGUCUUACAAACACUACUGCAUGUGACAUGAAUGAAUAUUACCCUGGCUACAGGUUGAUAUGGACCAAAUGUUUCUCGGAUCCAGUAAUGAGUUUGGCAGUUGCUGAUGUUAUGCGUGAUGGCAUGUUAGAUCUUGUUGUUUUAACAUUAAAAGGUCUUCAUAUCUUGCAGCCAGACUUAAAUGACGUAGCCACAUUGGUGAUGGACAGAUUAAAACUGCUCUGUGAAUCAGAGAGUGAAGCCGAUGAUGAUUUUCAUCAACUACAGAUGGAACUUUUACAAGAUCAACAAUUGCAAUAAAAUUUGUUUCACUUGUUAUCUACUGGCUAUUCUGCAUUAUUAGAUGUUCAUUUUAUGUUGUUAAUUUUAUGUUUGUGAAUAAACAAAGAAAAUAUG